CAAGGGUUUAUAAGCGGUGCCUCUCAUCUCUUAGCAUCACUCUGCAACUGCAUUUUGGCUUGUGACACUCAGUGGAAAGAAGACAACUUGUAAACAACAUGGCUGUCAUUCGAGUCGUGUGCUUCGUCCUGUUUGUUGGUUUGGCCGCGGCAUGUCAACCACGCUGCCCCAAGUGUCCACCGAUGUGGACUUUCUACAACGGCAACUGCUACCGUUUGUUUGGCGCUGGCAAGCCCUACGCUGAAGCUGAAAAGCACUGCCAGGAGUUCUCUCAAGUCGGCCAGGGUCACGUGGCGUCCGUAGCCAGUGCCGAGGAGAACAAUCUGCUCUUCGCGAUGUUUACGUCGGCCAGUGGGAGAAACAACGGCCUGUGGAUCGGCUUCACUGACGAUGCAGAGGAAGGGAACUUCGUCUGGGCAGAUGGAUCAGCGGUCAGCUACACCGACUGGAACACUGGCGAACCCAACAACGCCAGCGGUAAUGAGCACUGCACUCUCUUGAGGACCGUUGGUAAUUGGAAUGAUGGCAACUGCAACAGGGCACUGGCCUACGUGUGCAAGAUGACCACUACAAAGUAAAUCGGCCCAACAAUGAACGAGCACGGAGAUGCGCAAGAACAUAUGCUACACCAAACCUGAAGCCCUCACAAUCAAUACCAAGUCGAUUUCAUCGGCCAUGAUCAUCAAACAGUCUUACAAAACGGACAUGUCAGCACCAACUAUGUAGUAUUACUUCAAAACUAAAUGGUUGAAUUUCAUUGUGUAGACUGCUGGCCGGCUACACGCUAAAAAUGAAACCGUUUCCAUAAACCACUUCGCAUCUUCGUGGCUUCAACGUUUACGGACCUGCAUGCUUUCAAAUUUGACAUUUAGUAAUUAGUCCUUGCUCGUUUUACCAGGUGUCCAGUUAAAUAGUGAGAAGUAUGGACGAAGGACAUACGCAUCGGUGAACUAAUCAGUUGGAGUCACAAACUAUAUCACUUCAUAACUCAACGGUUGAAUUUUCACUAUGUAGACUGCUGGCCGGCUACACGCUGAAAAAGAAAUCGUUUUCAUAACGCAAUUUUCUUCAUCAUGGCUUCCACGUUACGAACCUGCCUGCUUUCAAGUUUAACAUUUAGUAUUUAGCCUUUGCUCGUUUUACCAGGUGUCCAGUUUAAUAGUGAGAAGUAUUGACGAAGAUCAUACGCAUCGGUGAACUAGUCAGCUGGAGUCACAAACAAUAUCACUUCAAAACUAAACGGUUGAAUUUUCACUAUGUAGACUGCUGGCCGGCUACACGUUGAAAAAGAAAUCGUUUUCAUAACGCACUUAGCAUCAUCGUGGCUUCAACAUUACAAACCUGCCGGCUUUCAAGUUUAACAUUUAGUUUUUAGCCUUUGCUCUUUUUAUCAGGUGUCCAGUUUAAUAUUGAGAGGUAUGGAUGAAGGUCAUAUAAUCAUCGUCGAACCAAUCGAGCUGUUGUUCUGAAAGGUAUGGUAGAUCAUUUGUCAUUUGCGCAUCUGUUUUGGUUUGAAGCAACAAAAAUGAGUCAUGUUUUAAAUGGCGCCCGAAAUCACCAUUCGGGACACGCUUGCGUGUACCCAUUCAUUGAUUUGCCGAAUUACAAGCCAACUACUAAUGGACAUUUCCAAAACAGCGUCACUCACGCAACUUUGGAAAUGGCCUU